CAUGCAACAGCUUCAACCCUGGUUAUAUUCUCAACAAUGGCCCAGUCUACACACACAGCCCAGUCUGUUACUUCACAAUAUACUCAAACUGAAAUCCAACCUAUAACUAAUGCCCAAUCCACAAUUACUAUACCACAACUUGCAACAGCUACAACCCUGCCUAUAUUCUCAACAACGGCUCAGUCUAUACAUACAGCCCAGACCAUUACUUCACAAUCUACACAAACUGAAAUUCAACCUGCAACUAGUGCCCAAUCAACAAUUACUACAUCACAACUUCCAACAGCUACAACCCAGCCUAUAUUCUCAACAACUGCCUAUACUGUAACUAUUUCACAACCUACACAAACUGCAAUCCCACCUAUAACUACAGCUACAUCUCAACCCAACUCAGAAAUAACCCAACUUCAGAGUACAAAAACUGUUGCAAUCCAGUCUACAAUUAUAACUCAACCAACAUAUACCACAGCUUCCAAUGCUACCAGGAAAGACCAGACCACAACUACAUCCCAACCUAUAUCAUCUACAAUCCAGUCAACGACAACAUCAAACCCUGCAACAGCUACAACAGUUAAACAGUCAACAAUUAUAACCCAGCAAAUUACAACAGCUACAACUGCGACUAGAACAACUCAGCUGACAGCAACAAUGCCAUUGACAACAAAUUCACCCCAACCCACCAGUACAAUUCAAGCAAUCAAAUCUACAGCUACAACCCAAACUAUAACUCUUACAAUCCCACCCACCACUAUUACAACUCAGUCUACAGCAGCAACUACAUCCCAACUACAACCCAAACCAACUUUUACAAACCAAAUGACUACACAACAACUUUCAACUGGUACAACCCAGUUUAUAUCUGCUGCAACCCAACCUACAACAAAUGCAAUCCAGACUUCAACCCCACCUGUAUCUCCUGCUCUGACUCUAACACAGCCUUCAACCCAGCCUACAACUUCAACUAUACCUGCAACUACCACCCAAGCAAAAACAACUGCAACCCACCCUAUAUCUACUGCUACCCUUACUACAGGAACAAACCAUAUUGCUAUCACAACUACAACCACACCUUUACUUGAAACAACAGAACCGCUCACAACUACAGUGGAAGUCAGAUUUUCCAGCUCAGAAACAUUUUAUACUUCACUUUUUGACAGAAAUUCAGAUCUCUAUAAAGAACGAGAAAGAAGAGUCAAAAAGGAGUUUGAGCCUAUCUUUAAAAAAGCAUUCCAGUUCUUCUUCAGACUGAUAGUGAUUAGAUUCAGUCCUGGAUCAGUCAUCACAGACAUGAAUUUGGAAUUCAAGAAAGACAGUCUUUUGCCAGAUGACAAUGAGAUCAUACGUACUAUCACCAGUGCCAAUACUACAUUUAAUAUCACCAUUGCAGAAGUUAUACCAAAAGCUGACCUUUCCACUACUACCAAACAUACUGCAACCACAAUCAGGCCCACUGAAGUAAAGAUAACCACACAUCAACCAACAACACUGACAACAAAAACAGCAACAACAAAAGCCACAACCACCACGCCAACAACAAAUGCUACGACCACCACACCAACAACAAAUGCUACAACCACUACGCCAACAACAAAUGCCACAACCACCACGCCAACAACAAAUGCCACAACCACCACGCCAACAACAAAAGUCACAACCACCACGCCAACAACAAAUGCCACAACCACCACACCAACAACAAAUGCCACAACCACCACGCCAACAACAAAUGCCACAACCACCACGCCAACAACAAAUGCCACAACCACCACGCCAACAACAAAAGCCACAACAACCACGCCAACAACAAAUGCCACAACUACCACUCCAACAACAAAUGCCACAACCACCACGCCAACAAUAAAAGCCACAACCACCACGCCAACAACAAAAGCCACAACAACCACGCCAACAACAAAUGCCACAACUACCACUCCAACAACAAAUGCCACAACUACCACGCCAACAACAAAUGCUACAACAACCACGCCAACAACAAAAGCAACAACCACCACGCCAACAACGAAUGCCACAACCACCGCGCCAACAACAAAUGCCACAACCACCACGCCAACAACAAAUGCCACAACUACCACUCCAACAACAAAUGCCACAACCACCACGCCAACAAUAAAAGCCACAACCACCAUGCCAACAAAAAAAGCCACAACAACCACGCCAACAACAAAUGCCACAACUACCACGCCAACAACAAAUGCCACAACUACCAGGCCAACAACAAAUGCUACAACUACCACGCCAACAACAAAAGCCACAACCACCACGCCAACAACAAAAGCCACAACCACCACGCCAACAAUAAAAGCCACAACCACCACGCCAACAACAAAUGCUACAACCACUACGCCAACAACAAAAGCCACAACCACCACACCAACAACAAAUGCUACAACCACAACAGCCAAAACCACCACCACAACAGCAGUUCCAACUCGCCCUCCACCAGUUGUAACCAUAGAGUUUGUCAUUUUAGUAAUAUUUACUCCAGACCUUCAAAACACACUAAGUGAGGCAUUUAAGAAACUAGCAGAUGAAGUUCAAAUAGAGUGUGACAAAAUAUAUAAACUGAAGUAUGGAGUUCUUUUCAUCAGGAGUAUUGUGAAAGCUUUCAGAGCUGUUGCCAGAACCCGAGCAGAUCAAAAUGUAGAGGCAGAGCUUGAUUUAGUGUUUAGUCAAACAUCCACUGAACCGAUCCCCAACAACAAAGACAUUGUGGAGACUCUGAAAGAAGCCGCUACAAAUCCAACUUCAGGCUUCAACCUCACCCUUGAUGAAACCUCUAUUAUUGUUGUUAAAUCAGUGAAGAUAAUUCCAUUGACAAUCCUCAGCAAUGGAACCUUUGUGGCUGCUCUUUCAAAUAAAAAUUCUACCGAAUUUCAGAACAGGGCUACGAUGAUAAAAGCAGGGCUUGAACCUUUCUUCUUUGCUGAUUAUCAAACAUCAUUCAGCACCAUAUCUCUAACAAACUUCAGUGAUGCCAAUGUAAAAAUAAGGAGCGUGCCCACGAUCCGAAACUCCAUGGAUCUUGUAUUCGGAGCGGACGCUGUUCUACCCAAUAGCACCCAGAUAGUGAACACUGUGGUACGAGCGGCCAGAAACAACACGUUACCCUUCCAGAUCUUCACUUCUUCAAUCAUAAUAAAUGGAAUCGAAUUUUCAUCAGGUGAAGUCAGCAGCAGGAUCAGUGUGGUGACCGCUUCAUUCCUGGUUGCUGUGUCGCUUCUGGUUCCAUGGUUUAACUGAACCUAACCUCUCAUGCAAAUAUAACGGAUUCAGACGGGUCUGAAUCUUCCUGGCCUCAAAUGAAGGACUCGUACAUGUAAACAAAACUCUGAAUGCAUCAGUUUUAUAGAACUGAAUGUGUCUGUUUUUAGCUCUGGUUCUGUUUUCCAAACAGGGUAAAAAAUAUCUCGUCAUACAAGCACUUUAAGUAAUUUAUUUAAAAAAAAAUGUUUGACUCAGUUAAAUCAUAUUGUCAUUGAUUUAUUUUCUGAUCAAUGUAAUCUGCAAAUCAAGUGGCAGUUCUUUAAGUUCUUUAAUUUAUUCUUUGUUAAUUCUGUAUAUGUGUUGUAAUCGGAUGAGUAAAACAAGUGGGUUCAACUUUACAAUCUACAAAAGAAUAUUGUAAGCAACAACAACCACAUUUUAAACUGAAUGCUAUUGUAAUAUUUUAAUAUAUAUUUAUAUAAAUGUGUAAUAUAUAACCAACUCUGCUAUAUCUAAGAUAAACUAUGGCAAAACUACUGAAAUUCAAUGCAUAUGUCUAAUGGUUCAAAUUAAUCAUGGUUUGGUUUGUUUCUCGGUUUUACAGUCAUGGUUUCGGUACGGUUCGGUAUGUGCUAUUUUUUGGGGAAAAGUAUUAUACUGUCAAAUAAAGAAAAUUAGAACAUAUAAUUUAAUCGCUAACUAGCAACAGUACAAAUAAAUGCAAUAGAGCAAAGACAAAUCAAAUGAAGAGAGCUUUUUAGUUUUUUUUAGGUAGGUCCAACAUUAGUUUUAUGUGUUGUUAUUAUUAACAGGCCAUAUUACAGAAGCAUUGUGAGGUUUAAGUUGAACCGCAGUGCAAGUGCGCGCCGGACCAAGGGUGGAGAACAGUAAGGUUCAGAUUUUUGUUUACCAAAAACCAUUACAACCAUGGCUACAAAAUAUCUUUAACACAUGCCACAUUCUCAGGUUUAUUUUCAUUUCUCAGUUUACAUGUUGUUUUCUCAGCUGUCAUCUCUAAAAUCAGAUUCUACAUCUCCACCCACAAGCCUGUGUGUCCAGUUUCUGCUUAGUUUCAUUUCUGCAUUGAUUCAUGAGACUUUUUGAGAUAAAGAAAACAAAAACAUCCGUAUAAUCAGACCAUUCUCAUAGAUAUCCACCUCAUUUUUAACAUAAGGGCAUUUGUGACCAUUUGGAACUUGAAUGUGUGAGACCUCUGUAUAAUUCACUUCCAGAUUCACUUCCAGUCUGUUAUGCUGUUUAAUAUAAUAUAAAUAGGCUGAUGAACUGGAAGUCUGGAACAUUUACAGAAAAUGGCUUCUUUCCUUCCUGCAAAAUCAGGUGGAUAGCCUAGAAUUAAUUACAGAUAGAGAGGUGUGACCUCACUGCGGUGUUUAUGCCUACCCGGAAGGCUGCAGUCCAAUGAAAAUAUUUGUUUACAUUCUCAAGUAUUGUGUACAAGGGCUGCAUGAUUAUUCUAAUGUGAUUGUAAUGCGUAUCUCAUCAGU